AUGACAGUGAUUGAUCUCACCCAGGACUCAGAUUCUGACACACAGAAUCAGAUUAAGCCCAUUAUCAAUGGUACUGUCAACAACAACAUCGACAUCUACAACAACAAUCUCAUCACUACACCCUCUUUCUUCUCCAAACUCACCGACCGCAGCAUUUUACCGCUGAAAAGAAAGCAAGAGGAGUCGAGCAUCUCGGAUUGGUCCACCGAGUCUUUUGACAGGCCGUCUAGCCGCGCGCGCCAUGACCGGCCCUUUUCCGAACGGCGACUGUUCUCAGCCUUCCAGCCGUCCACUCCCAGCCCCAGCCCGGGGGCCCAGGAGCAACUCAAGGCGGUCAGCGUCGUGAUCCCGUCUCCAUCCCUCCAACUGAAGAAAGAAAUCGCCUCUGCGGACUGGACCAUCGCUACUAUCUCUUCCAAACCUACCGGCCUGUCCGAGGAGUACUACCCGACUGAUGCGUACGAGAAACGCGCCCUCAAAGGUGCCUACCCGGUGGCGAAGAAGAAGGUCAAACGCGCCGAGAUCCCCUUCCAGAUCGGUGCCCCCGGUCCGGUGCUCACGGUGCGUCCGAACGUCGGCGAGCAGUUGCGUUGCGCCUUGCAGCGUAAGUUGUCUGCCAUCCAGGGACCCAAGGUGACUUUUGCUCCUGGGGAUGAGACCCUCCUGGCCCAAUUCGCGAGCAACUUCGAGUUCAUCAAUAGCUAUAAGCUGCGGAAGGGCGUCCAGUCCGUCCCGGAGGACUUCAAGGGUGGAUGCAGCUGUGAAUCGUUUUGUGAUCCCGAUCGCUGUUCCUGUCUCGAACCGGAUGGUCCCUCUGAGAGACGCAUCAUCCCGUACGGCCCGGCCGCCGAUGAUGCGCGGUUCAUGCUGUUGAGACCGGACUUUCCUAAGCACAUGAUCUUUGAAUGUGGAGAAAAGUGCAACUGCAAGGAGAAUUGCUGGAAUCGUGUCGUGCAGGCCGGUCGAACCAUUCGGUUGGAGAUUUUUAAUACCGGCAAUCGCGGCUUUGGGCUCCGCUCUCCUGAUCGCAUCCGCGCAGGGCAGUUCAUCGACCGGUACCUGGGGGAAGUGAUCACGAAAAAGGUGGCGGAUACGCGCGAGGAAGUGUGCACGUCACAAUGCGGAAGUUCGUACCUGUUUGACCUGGACUGGUUCGAGGAAGCAAUCCACGUCGUGGACGGACGGAAUUUCGGGUCAGCAACGCGGUUCAUGAACCAUUCGUGCAACCCCAACUGUCGGAUGGUUCCAAUGUCGUACGACGGCGCGACGGAUCUCCAUCUCUACGACCUGGCGUUCUUCUCGCUCAAGGAGAUCCCGCCCAUGACGGAGCUGACCUUUGAUUAUAACCCGGAUGCGGAACGGGGGGCGAAGAUCGAACCCGGCGCGGUGCGUUGUCUCUGUGGGGAGGAGAAUUGUCGCGGUCAGUUGUGGCCGAACCAACGCAAGGGGACCAAGUAG